CUCGAUGCCGGUGGACCUCAGCAAGUGGUCCGGGCCCUUGAGCCUGCAGGAGGUGGACCAGCAACCGCAGCACCCACUGCAGAUCAAAUAUGGCGGGGUGGAGAUCGAUGAGCUGGGCAAAGUGCUGACGCCCACCCAGGUGAAGAACCGCCCCACCAGUAUCACAUGGGAGGGCCUUGAUUCAGGUAAACUCUACACCUUGGUCCUGACAGACCCAGAUGCACCCAGCAGGAAGGACCCCAAGUUCAGGGAAUGGCAUCAUUUUCUGGUCGUCAACAUGAAAGGCAAUGACGUCAGCAGUGGCACAGUCCUCUCCGAUUAUGUGGGCUCUGGGCCUCCCAAGGGCACAGGUCUCCACCGCUACGUGUGGCUGGUUUACGAGCAGGACAGGCCCCUGAAGUGUGAUGAGCCCAUUCUGAGCAACCGCUCCGGAGACCACCGGGGCAAGUUCAAGGUGGCCUCCUUCCGCAAAAAGUACCAGCUCGGCUCAGCGGUUGCCGGCACCUGCUACCAGGCGGAAUGGGAUGACUACGUGCCCAAGCUCUACGAGCAGCUGUCCGGGAAGUAG